AUGAAAGAAGUUCUAAUUCAUUUGCCUUUAAGGCCUUCAAUUUCGGUCCAAGAGACCCGCUUCGCUAAUACCUCAGGUAACAACACCAGCUUCCAACGGUUGUUGCAUGCUUGUGAUCCCAGCAAGUCAGGCGCAUCGUCCACUUGUUCUCCCGCCUUUGGUCACCUCUUCAACCGAAUCAAGGAGGAAUUCCAUUCAAGUAGGGCUUCCGUGAAAGAGGAGCUUGCGAGGAGUAGCCGGACACUGGCUUUGUCCCUUGACGUUUGGACGUCGGAAAAUCAGAUUCCGAUCAUGGGUAUCAUUGGUCAUUGGAUCUCUCCCGAGUUUGACAAGCGAGAUGAACUUCCCGAGUUCACCGAAAUCAAUGGACCACAUUCUGGAGAGAAUCUAGCGGACGUUGUGUUGAAUAUGCUUGACGAACUGGCCAUCGCGCCAAAGCUCCUGACUAUCACAGGGGACAAUGCAGGCAAUAAUGGGACGCUAUACGAUAGCCUGCACGAUCAGCUCCGCAAGAAGUAUAAUAAUGACGAUGGCUACUUUCGCAUUAGACCUCUAAUACGGUUCCGUGGACGCAGAUCUUCAUUCCCUGCCUUGCCCAUAUCCUCAAUCUGA